UGAGUUUGUGAGUCCAUUCAUUCACAAGUAUAACUGGCAAACAGGUUGCAUAUUGCAUAAGACAUUUUAGGUUGGCAGCCAUCCCCCUUUCCUCUCUUUUCAUAUUCUUAUCUCUGAAUCUGCCUCCUCAGUUUUUUCCCUUUUGUUUCUCAAAAGGAAAAUUCACUGAAAGAGAAAGAGAAUCUGAGAAAAUCUGAGAAAAACCCAUACCGUAUAUCAUUGAGUGAUGGACAAGAAGCAUCAGGAGAUCAGAGACGACAAAGAUGAAGAGAAGCAAGGGCGCAACAGAGUAAAGGAGGAAGAGGCGGCGGAAGAGCAAACAUCGAGUAGUGGCAAUGCCGCCGCCGCGUCACCGCCGUCAGCGUCGUCAUCUCCGUCGCAUGAAUUUUCCUUCACCAUUUCGCUCCAUCAACCGUCUGCAAAAGCCCCAGACAGAACGAAAUCUCCGCCGCAGCCGUCGUCGUUCGCCGUCGACUUAACUCCGGCCGAUGAAAUAUUCUUCCACGGCCACUUGCUCCCCCUCCACCUCCUCUCCCACCUCCCCGUCUCCCCUCGCUCCUCCACCAACUCGCUGGAAAGUUUCACCCUUCCCAUAAAAGAAUUGCUGGAAAACCAAAGCUCAUCACAACAAAACCCCGGCAGCCAACCAGACAACCAUGAUCAUCAGAAAAACAUUAAUAACGAUCAAAGAACCGAGGGGAAACCGAAAUCCAGCAGGUCGUUCUCCUUGUUCUGGCUACCGAAAUGGAGAAAAGGGUACGAGGUAAGAGACAAGGAAGAGAAGGAAAAACAUUGGAGGAAGCUAAAAUUUGACAUAACUCAGGUUGUGAAGAGGUACAUGAGAAUGGUGAGACCACUCUUAUCCUUCCGGCCCAGCAGAAGAUCAGGGAAUCUGCAGUUCGACCGGCAAGCUUAUUCAUAUUCCGGCCACUUAAACCUGCGGCGCAAGAAAGAUAUUAGAGGCAAAAGAGGGGAGUAUUCCGCGCCGGCAUCGAUGAGAACAUCUCCGACAAACAGUGGCAUCCUCGUACCACCGGCAACUUCCCCUACUUCUUCAAGCGACAGCACCAUGGAAGAGUUACAGGCCGCCAUUCAAGCUGCCAUUGCUCACUGCAAGAAAUCCAUUCAAGUGGAAGAUAAACUCAAAUGUCAAGAUUAGGCCUGCACAUGAGCAUAUCCCAAACUUCUUUUUAAUUUAAUUUUCUCCCUUUUUUUUUAAAUUACCAUAUUACUAUUUUUUUGGUGCCGGGGAAAUCCGCAGCCAUUAGUCAAGUAAAUCAGACUAUAUUAUUCAUAGUUGACUGCCUCAAAUCAAGAAGGGCAAUAAGCAGCUCUCAGAGAGGGAGGGAGUCGAAGUUGAAACUUUUAGUUAUCACGUCAAUAACUUGACUAACUUGUCUGUGGUUGCUCCUACCAUUUUAUUAUUGGAUGGGUUAUUGCAUUUUAUUAGCAAUAAUUAGUCUUGUUGUGUCACAUAUUGAUGGAAACUACACAUAUGUAUGUAUUUACAAUGAUGAGUUUGGAUAUAUGGAUGGUGCAUGGUGGAGGAUAAUCAUUAAUAAGUGUAGUUUCUUUGAAUAGUUGAAUGUCUUGGAUGAUAUUUUAAAGUAUUGAAUUAUACUUUGUUU